UACUUGCAUUUGGUGGCCUCACAAAGGUAAUCCUCUGUUCUUCUUCUUCUUUUGCUUGGGCCUCAGAUGACUGCUGGAGAAUGGCCAUGUCUGUGAACUCAAUCUGGGACUUGAGUUUAUCAAUCAAAGGAGGACAUGGAUCAAGAUCUUCCACAUGUUGCAAUCUGCAUCUGAAAACAAUGCAAGCCACUUGUAAAACAGACUUUGUUAAAGCUCCAUCAUUGCCACUUUUUUGCUCAAGGAGUUUGCAGAAAAACGUUAGGCAACGCGUAGUUCCAUUGGCGACAGAGAGCAACAAUGCAGCCCUUGAAUCAAGCGCAGAAACCGAAAAUACUGCUGCUGAUCUGGAAUUAUCAUCUAAUGUUCAACCUGCCAUAAACAUUGCAGAAGAAAGUUCGCCUCAAUUAGAAAAACCAACAACAAAGCGAGUGCCACUAACAGCAAGGGAGAAGCUACGGGCAGCUCGAGUACUCUCCAAAUACAAUGAAUCAAAACCUGCCAAAGUGGAACCAAAGAACAGGGUUUUGGAUGCAUUGAGAGAGAGCAACAAGGGAAAGCGGCCGGGCCUUCCUGAAGCUCCCUCAGACUUGUUAGAUGAUAAGAAGCGAGGGCUACCAAAACAAGGCCUGACUUUCAAUUUCCCUGGCGGUUCUGAUUUGUGGUUCAUUGCAUUCUCCUUCGCAUUUAUCAGUUCUGUAAUGUUUGCCACAACUUACAUUGUCUGGAAAGUCGGCGCAAUACACUUCAACGAGUACUGAAGCGAACUUCAUUUUGUUAAUUUUAUCGACAUUUAUCAUAGAUGUAUCAUUUAUCUGCACAACAAGUUUUCUGGUUUUUGCUUACACUCCCUAACACACUUUAUGGGGGAAUUCAGGCUGUAAUAUUUAAACUUACCAAGUCUGAAUCUUUAAGAGCAGUAAAACUUAAGAUUUAUGUAUC